AUGUCGUGUUCCCUCUCGAUCGCUGCUGUUGCUGUUGAUCGCCAGAACCUGUAUCUCUUAUCCAGUUCUCACCAGCUAUUUGUACUUCGUAGUAGCAGCACGCAGCGCAGAGCACCGGAGGUCGUCUACCCUCACCCGACCGGCACCGGCCAUGACGCGUCCACCUCACUGAUUAGUCAACCACACAAACUGUUCCGGAGGAUGAACGAGUCGCGAUUCGCGAACUCGCCGUGCAAGGGCUUUGCGGGGCAGCCAAACCGCCUCCCGCCGUUCCGCCGGGCGCCGGCUCUGGAGGAGAUCGACGUCGAUAUGAAGCCCUUGCCGCCCUCCCCGGAUAUCGCGAGGAACGCUCAAGAUGUUGUGGCCAAGGACCAGCUCUUCAGCAUCGCCGCCUACAUCUCAUCCGCACCGGAUGUUAUUGCUGCUGCCCUGCGGAAACAUGUUGAGGAUGAAGCUCGUGAUCUCGGCAGUGAAGAUCUCCCAAGGGUUAUGGAUCAGCUCUAUGAGCAAAUAUCUUGUUUACUGCAAAGCAAUGAUGCUGCUGUAAUUUUACUGGCUCUCCAUGCUAUCGAUGCUUUGAUUGACUUACCCUUUGGAGGUGCCUCAAAUGUUGCCAAGCUCGCUAAUUUCUUAAGAAAUGUGUUUGAAGUCAAGCGUGACCCUGAAAUCCUAGUUUCAGCUAGCACAGUGCUUAGUCAUUUAGCAAUUGUUGGGGGAGCACUAACUGCACACGAAGUUGAGCGACAGGAGAUGGCUGAAAAUGCAUUCACAGUUUUGAAGAACUAUAUCCCUGAAUUUGUUGAUGCUAUACUGAUAGCAUCGAGGGACCCCAAAUUGGUUAUUCGUGAACGUGCAGUUGAAGCCUUGCGUGCUUUUUCACAUUCCAACAUGAAGGCGGCGGCAGUUUGCACAGCCAAGGAGGCGAAACUGGAGGGAAUCGAUCUGUUCAGCUUCCUUCCAGAUGAUAUGAUCAGCACCAUCAUCUCCUUCCUCCGUACCGAUGAUGCUGUGCGCACGUCCGCCCUCUCUCGCCGCUGGCGUCACCUAUGGCGCUCUGCCCCGCUCAACCUCGACACUGACCAUAUCCCUGGCUACUGCCCUGAGCAGAUUAAGGUUGUAACCAAGAUUCUCUCCCAGCACCGGGGUCCCAUACGCCGCCUAAAACUCCACAGCCUCUACUUUGCUGACCUUGAUAGCUGGUUCAGGUCCCCGGCCCUUGAUACUCUUCAGGAGAUCGAUAUCUAUGUCGCUAAAUUUGAUGAUGUACUGCCGCUGUCCGUACUCCGCUUCGCGUCGACCCUCCGUGUGGCUCACUUUGCCCACUGCAGCCUCUUUGAGGAUGAGGACCCAGUAUUCAGUUUCCCACACCUGAAAACACUCGCCUUGGGCGUACUUUCCAUACGGGGAGACACUCUCCACAGCAUUCUCUCAGGAUGCCCUGUCCUUGAGUGCCUGCUGCUUGACGGUUGCGAUGUUUUCGGUCGCUUGGUGAUUAACUCACCGACACUUCGAAACCUCGGUGUCUGUAAUGUGGACUACAUGAAGGAAAUAGUCAUCCAAAAUGCCCCUUGCCUGGAAAGAUGCGUCAGGUAUAAUUUGUCUCAUGCUCGUACUGUACCAGUCAUCCAGGUAAUCAGGGCACCGAAACUGGAGAUCUUGGGCUCACUAACAGAUAACUUCGAUAAACUCAAGCUUGGAACCAGAGUUUCACAGGAAAUGGUUGUUGGAAACUUGAAAAUAUUAAUGCAGAGUGUGAAGAUUUUACAUCUCACGUCUAGUGGCCCUAAUCUUGAUGCAGUUGUUGCCUUCCUCAAAGUCUUUCCUUGCUUGGAGAAGCUGUACAUCAUGUCAUCUCUACAGAACGAUAUGAAAAAUGUGCACCAUCUAGACCCAACAGAUCCAAUUGAAUGUCUUGACCAUCUCAGAUAUGUGGAGUUGAAGUGUUACAUGGGAAAGAAGCCAGAUGUCGAUUUUGCCAGGUUCUUUGUUCUUAAUGCUAAGGUACUCGAGUUAAUGAAAUUCAUUUCCAUCACCAUGAUGAUCAUGUCUUGUCCAUGGCUGAUCCCUUCGAUAGCUCUUCUUGUGGAUUGUGCAGAAUAGUCCUUCACCAUGAUGAUAACGUCCUAUGAAUGUUUUUGAAGAUCUUGACACCUGUUAAUGACCAAUCUUAAGAGUUUUGUGUCAGUACUUAAGUUAUAGCCAGUUUGGUGUCAUGUUUAAUGCUACGUACGUCCCUUUGUUAUUUAUUUAACUUGCAUGAUGUUAUGUUACCAACACACAGA